AUGGCCGACUCAACACAAGGUGACACGCACGACAAGGCGUGGGAGAAAGCUGAGAAGAAGUUUGCACACAAACAUGCCAGCCAAUAUUACGAUCCAUGCCAGGACUUCGCGGAUCGGAGCCUUAAGUGCAUGAAGCGGAAUGGCUUUGAUCGCGAGAUGUGCCAUGAUUACUUCCAAGCAUAUCGCGACUGCAAAAAGAACUGGUUAACCCAGAAGAAGGUUUCCGGUCUUUCGUCCAGAUAA